GCAGCUGCUUUUUUAUUGCGGAUCUUGCCGCCAUGGCCAUCCUGCUGCUUGUGUCCUCCAGCUUUGCCAGCGUCUUCUCCGGCUUCCCACAGAGCAGGUCUCUUCACCUACUACUACUCUUCUUACAUAGAAGACACCGGCUGAUACCAUAAUAAUAUACUAUCUAAUCUACUGCUCUAUCUCGACGUCUAAGGAGGUAUGCCAUCCCCUUCCUGCUCCGUGGGCUUAAGCUAACCUACUGUUAGAUCCCAUAAAAUAGAUACCGCCGGCCAUGGAAAACUCCAACGACAGCAUGCAUUCACGGAUGCGGCUGGAGCAGCUGGCUGCUGAUAUGGGUGUCUACAUGAACAUGAAGUUCCCUCGAAUCACUCGCAAGGAUACCGUCUCGUCCUUCAGUCAGCACGAUAAAGAUGCUGCAGAAGCGCUGGCAAAGCGGAAGCGGCUGGAGGCCUUUUCAGCCAAAUCCCAUGUAUUCAGACGGACCCCGAGCAAACGCAGCUUCAAGCGAGAGGAAUUGUACUCAGCUAUAGACACGGCGAUCCGAGAUGACGCCUCGCUGGGCAUGCUGGAGUACCUUCUUACGCAGCUCAAAGAGACCAAGGCGAAGAAGAGCUUUUUCAAGACUCAGGAGAACUCCGUGGCUCUCGACAUGACCGACCUGCUUAGACUCGCGACAGAGAAGAGGAACUCCAGCUUUCUAGAGAUCCUGUCUCCUCACGUUGACCAAUGGGGCCUUGAUGCUGCUCUCGGCAUCGCGGUUGCAAGCUUGGAUUUGCAUUGUAUCAAGGCAUUGCUCCAGAAUGGGGCAGAUCCCAACUCCUGUCACCAACAGUUUGUCACGGCUGUAGGUAACGGACAUGUUGCCGUCGUUGAGAUGCUGGCUGGAACCGAAAAGAAACUCAGCAGCUCCUGCCUGGAUGAGGCUCUUCCGGUAGCAGUUUCGAUAGGGUCUAUGAGGUUGGUAAUGUGUCUCAUACACAACGGAGCAAACGCGGAUACAGACCAAAUACUGGAAACUGCUGUACGGGCUGGAAGACUCGACAUAUCUGCUGCCCUAGUCCUCGCCAGUCGUCCUCCUUCUCGGAUCUCGCUUGACUCCGCAGCUGGUGCUGCAUAUCAUUCGAACAACCUCAGCUCAGAAGAACGAGAUUCCUUGCUUGAGUUACUUCUUUGCGCUGGCGCAAAUGGAGACUGUGUUGCCAGAGCUCUACUGCCAUAA